UUCUACUUAUAGAUUCUUAUAAUUCAGUUGUCGUCUUGUUGUUGGCAUGGUAACCAGAGCCACUAUCUCAUCAUUUCUCUUCUAAAUAACACAGACAUUACACAAAGUCAAUCCCAUUUCAACCCAAGUAAGUGCUUUGCUACGAAAUGAUGGAAUCGACGCAGAGCGAUUUUUCCAGCUUUGUUUAUUCCUGGUUGGCAGCUACACCUGAUUUGUUUGACCCCACCGACGUGCAGACCAGGCAAGCGUCAUCUUCCGCUUGCUCUUUAGUAUCUCUCUCUUCAUCAUCUCUUUCUUUAGCAUCUCCCUCUUCCUCAGCUUCAAUAUGUCACUCGGCAUCGUUCAAAGGAGAAGUGCUAAAGCGGAAAAGAAGUAUGAAUAACGAAGCGGCCUCAAAUUCGGGCAGUGGAACGGCGGAUGCCAGAGCGGUGAAUAGCUCUUCCGAAGGGUCAACGCCCCCAUCAAGUCGCCAGCGCUCUUCAAAUCUGGCCCGCCAGGCACUAAAUAAAUUAAGACUAGCGAAACCGCCAGUACUACUUCGUCAGCCAGAUGUCAGAGUCGAACAGCCCCCUGCUGUACGUCGGCUGAUCAUACUCAUGACGAAAGCAUCGAGUAAAGUGAUCCCGCAUAGUCUCCAGGUAGUCGUGUUUUCUCUCAUUUUAACCCUCAUAUCUAAUUGAAAAGGAUCGAAUUCGGGCAGUAGACCCUCACCGAUUUGAAGUGUUCGAAGCAUCAGGAGCGUCAGACCCUCUAUUCGAAGAUCCUGCGGCCGUGUAUUCAGACUCAUACAUCAACGACCUUUGGCGGGCGGUAGACGAGGUAUAUAAUGAAGCGCGCUUCUGCUCCGAUCAUUUCGUCGACGAAGCUGCGUGGAUGCGAGUCGUGGACAAGGUUCUCAAAUCCGCGGAGCUUGGCCAAGACUCCUCUAUGCUAGCCCUGCUUAGCAUUCAAACGCAAGCCAUCGACCCCGUCUUCGUUCCCAAGCAUCCAUCUCAGGUCUUUGCAAAGAAAGUAGAUCUUGCAUUUAUCUUCUCCCUCGAGCACCCGACUGUAGCAACAGCUAUUGAGCCUUUGGAAGAAAUAUACCAAGGCAUAGCUUUUAGCCAGAUGGCAGACGCUUACACAAGUAGGGCGCCAAUGGUUUGCUGCCUGGAGGUAAAGGCAUGCGGGGGUGAUUCAAACGAGGCUCUUUUACAGUUUGCGAUUUGGUGUGCCGCAGGAUUAGAGCGGCUGCGUGGAUUGUGGGAACUUAAUAGUGAAAGAGAUCUCCAGGAGGAGUUGCCGCCAUUUCUUGGCUGGACGGUCGUGGGUCAUGAUUGGAAAUUUCACAUUUCGUGGAAGGAUUCAAAUGGCCGUGUGGUCAGUUCCCUUUCUCCGCUCCAUGUUCUUCUUACACAUUGCUUUUCGCUUCAUCGCUAACAUUCAGCCUGCCUCACAGACUGUGUUUGGUCCCUGCUCAUUUUUAAAUGCAGGCACAGGCAGUCACGUUGAGAUUUUUGUUUUGAUCGCGUUGAUCCGGCAGGUGAAGAGGUGGCUAGAGGAGGAAUACUGGACGUGGUUGUACAGAAAUGUGCUAGAUGGGUUGAAGUGAGAAAGUUUAGGUGUAUACAAUACAUCCUAUAAGGUUUUGGUAGUGUCACACGAUGUGACAUAAAUAGACAUAGCACAUCAUGUACAGAAGAAGAGGCUCUCAUUGUGGUUAUUCUUAUAAGGAGGCGAUUAUUUAUCGAGUGAAUAAUAGCUUUAGCUUGUAAUCAUUCGUAGCUAGUCUUAGAGAAGGUCUUUUUUGAGUUCUUUUAUUAAUCAUUAUUCUUUUUUACUCU